UCUUGUUUCCGGAAGCGGAAGCAUUGCACUUUAUGAAGUUUUGGAAUAGUUUGGCAGAUGCUUAGGUGCACGAGAUACUUCGUAAUUGUCUGCGCGCUUUCAACAACACGUCCUAUUGAGAGAUGGUGACCCGCCCCCCACUGUAGUAUCCAAGCCAAGGACAUGGAGGAGUGCCAGUCUUCCCCAGCCAUAUUUAAGAGGAGGGCCUGGGCUGAGAGCCGAGACUCCUGGCAGGCUUCUGAGUCGCAGUACCAGGGCACAGAAGAGCCACUCUCUGCCAAGCCUAUGGAGGAUAAGCCUUCGGCAGCCACUCAGCCAGGUCCUAUUCCAAACAAAAUAGCGAGCUGGCUUAGAGACUGCAGGACUCCUCUUGGCGCCUCAUUGGACGAACAGAGCAUCAGUCCAUCCAAAGGGCCAAUAAAGAAUGGCUGUAGCUUUGAAGAUGACCUGUCCCUGGGAGCCGAGGCCAAUCACCUCCAGAACAGCAGCAAAAUACCAGAGGCUAAUGGCUAUGAAAUGCCAGCCAAGACCAAGAGGAGCCAGUUCAAACAGAAGGGAAGAAGCAUGAACUCCACAGGUUCUGGCAAGAGUAGUGGCACAGUGUCCAGUGUUUCAGAAUUGCUGGACCUCUAUGAGGAGGAUCCAGAGGAGAUCCUGUACAACCUUGGUUUUGGGCGAGAGGAGCCUGACAUCGCCUCCAAAAUCCCUUCACGAUUCUUCAACACCUCAUCAGGCGCCAAUGGCAUUGACAUCAAAGUUUACCUGGGAGCCCAGAUUCAACGCAUGGAGCUGGAGAACCCGAACUACGCCCUGACAAGUCGUUUCCGACAGACAGAAGUGCUGGCUACAGUAGCAAAUGUCUUCUCAGAGAUCUACUCCCAGGUGUCUGGAAGACCAAUGGAACUAAUCGGCAACAGCGAAAUAGAGACGAUAAAACCCUCUCCGCUAAAAAGGAACAAUUCUGCUUUGAAUGCGGCCAAGAUCCUGAAGCGUAGCAUAACAAAACAGAACCUGUUGGCCUCUACCACAGAGGUAACCGCCAAUCAGCCUAGACCGUUGCAACUGGACAGUGAAGAAGGUGUGAACCCCAUACGAGACGGACAGACAGAUUUCGAGCAGAAGCCGCAGCAGAAGAUCUUUAGGAAAAUGGAUUCUUUUCUAGCCACAGUGACCGAGGAGGCUCAGCAAGGUAUCUUAGAGGCUUCCCUCAAUGGAGAUUUCCAAGGACCUUUAGCUAAAGACUCCACGUUAAUGAAUGGUCAUCACUCCCCCUUGCACGACUCUGAGGUACCAGCUCUGGAAAUAGAUAUGCUAGAUUCCCCAGUCCUGGUGAGCAUCAGUCGAGCAUCUGACGAAAGCAAUUGUGGCCUCAUAAGACAAUCAGAACUUGAUAUUGUGCACCAGGAAGCCAUCACUUCCAUCCUAGACAAAGAGCCAUCCAACCUGCUACCCAACCCGCACAUAGCCCACCUGCUCAGCCAACACAGAGACUCCUUUGAGAUGGAGGAGUUGCAGAGUAAUGAGGAUGAGGCACUGCCUGUGCCUUGUGGCAUGUCCAGAACUGGCAGUGAGUGGUUAUUGAGGACUGCCAGCCAACAGUCUGAUAGCAGUGGGUUUGCUGAGGACCCAUCCACAGACGGUUCGGGUAAUCACCUAAAGGUACAGGAAAGCUCAGACAGCUGUGACAGUGAAACAACAGUAACAUCACAUGCAGGCGAUGUCAGCACUCCCUUAGCAUUGGAAUACCCUAACUUUGAUGCCCAUCCUCAGCCCAGUAGAUGCACCUCAAACCAGAGUGAAGCCAAUCGAGAAGUAACCGAGUUCACCAGCCUCCAAAUUCACAAUCCCAAUGGCCCUCUCUUUUCUCUUGAACAACACUUUGAUAGGGAACCCACAGUGGAGUCUAGUUCCACCACAAACUCUUCAGAAGUGGGUUCUUCCAUGGUUGUAGAGCCUACAACAGAUUCCAUCUCAAAUAUAGACUCUACCCCUGUCCCCAUAGCUGAUGGGUGCAACAUUUCCCAGUCUGGGGAUCCUCCAGAUCUACCAGACUCUGAGGAUCUACAUCUAUCUGGGCCAGAUCUUUCUUCUGCUCCUGAGUUUUUGGCUGAGGCUGACACUGCUCAUGAUCUUGAUACCUCAUCUGGUCAAGAACAAUGCCACAUUACGACUCAAACUAAGCAGAUGGCCUUCCACACCACCCAGCAGAGGUCAUCUUCUGUAUGCGAGGAGCGUCCUGGCCGAGUCUGGGUGAGGGACAGGGACUUGCUCACAAAAAGAGGAAACUUGGAGAGAAAUCCUCUAUGGAGAUCAAGCUCUCUCCCAACCUCUCCGGUCAACCCAGCUCGUGUAGUCACCUCCUUGCGCAUCCAACUCGGAAGGGGGUCAGUCAAGCACUGUACUCCACCAUCGUACAUGUACCGCUAUGACGAGGAGAUCUGUGCCAACCAGGAAGAGGUGGGUUCCAUUAGAGAAGAUGAUGUCGAAUGUGUCGGAUGCCAAUCUACACACUUUAAUUCUGCUCCAGAUGGACAUGGGACAAAUGUGGAAAGGGGACAUCCUCUAAACCUACCCCAGCAUAUGACUCGCUCAUCAAGUUCUCUUUAUAGUGUCCCUGCUGAUUGGCCUCAGAGGCCCCUUGGGGAGGGCCGACCUUGGAGCACAUGUAGUGUACCGAACCUACCUCAUUUCACAAGCCCUGCCCACCAUCCUCCUCAUGGCCCCUUCCUGUCUCCACACCACAGAGUUGCCUACAACUCACCUUACCCCACAAGUCUUGCAACUAAUCCCCAACAAAAUCACUUCCCUCAAACACAGAGCUACCCUCCGCUACAAAAUUCACCCUAUCCUCAACCACUUCAGAACAAUACCUAUAUGCCAUCACAGGAGGCACCACAGAACAUUAAUUUUGCUCACCCGAACAGUACACCCUACAACCCUUUGGGCCCCUUCCAUUCAUCUUAUAACCAUUCUCAGGGCACUCCCUAUGGCCCUUCGUUCAACAUGCACGUCGGUCCUUACCAACCUCACAUCCCUCUCGGACAAUCCCACUGCUCCCCCUACAGUCUUUCCUACAACAACUGUCCUCAUCACCCCGGCGCCUCCUACGGUCAUCCGUUUUACUCUUCUCCCUCCUACCCUUUAUCUUUUGGGACCCCCCGUGCACUGGCCCCUGUGGUGGGCAGCACAGAGAUGCAGCUCAGGCGAGUCCUGCAUGAUAUUCGUGGAACAGUGCAGAACCUCAGCGAGAGCUCGUCCGUGCGAGGAAACGACACACCCACAGACAGGAUCAGUACACCGCUCACCAUCCAACCGCUAUAUGAGGAGCUGCAGAUGCGGCGCAGGAGUCUGAACGUGUUCCGGACUCAGAUGAUGGAUCUGGAGCUCGCUCUCAUGAGACAGCAGUCUAUGGUCUACCAGCAUCUUAGUCCGGAUGAGAGACAGGAGGCAAAUCAACUUCAAACGCUGCGCACUGCAGUCAGACAGGAGCUCCAAGAACUCGAACUGCAGCUGGAGGAUCGGCUGCUCUCUCUCAAUGAACAGAUGCGCAGCAGCUCCCAGCACAGCAGCAUCUACCGCUACCACAUGGGCAUGCACAGAGGUCACAGCAUGGACAGUCUGUCUAAUUCUUCAGCUCUGCAGGCCAUGGAGCCGGUAACCGACCUCCUAAGGGAGCAGUUGUAUCUUCAGUCUGAGCUGGGAUAUGAAGCUGUCACACCCAGUUCAGGGCACUCAUCGCGGGCGUCCAGUCCAGAAACAUUGAACCGAACACUUGAGUCCUGCUCUCCUUCCACACAGAGAGGUGGCAUUUUCCGGGCCACCCUCAAUCUCAUGCCCACUGUCCCUCCACGGCCUGGAGUUAAGGUUCCUCAGUCUGUAUCACCAGAAAUGACGGAGCACAGCCUGUCACCACACACCUCCUUCGAUUUGAGUAGAGAUGAGGAUGAGUCAUUUGAUGGUCGGAUAAGCAGAACCCUGGAAGACUGCAGGGCCACAGAGUGGAGGAGUAUAAAUGGAGGCAAUGGUGACCUGAAACAUUUUAUUCAGGAGAUUAAAGAAAGCAUCACGCAUGAAAUCAGACAAGAGAUUUUGAAUGAGCUCUUGGCUGCAGUGUCGACUCCGAGAUCUCCUCUGCCAGCAAGAAAGCCCCCUGUGUGAGCAGCAAGACAGAUGCUUGAGCAGGUGAAGAAGCGAAUCCUGUGAAACAGUCAUACUAAACACUGGUUAAAGCCUUGCACUGCGAAUGGCCCAGCCCCUCUUUCUGGUUCUGUCUGUGAAGCCCUUCUGGAUUCUACUGUCUGCUUCUGCAUUACGGUCCAGUUUCUACAUUCUCAGUGGUUGAUAUAUUCAACUGUCCGAACCUACAAAGAACACAUAGCUUAUUGUGGUAUCCGUCUGGUAUAUAUUACAGAAAUGUAAUGAAUCUUUUCGGUGGUAUUUUAGUAUGUGAUGCAGGUCUUGUCGAAGUGUUGAUGGCAGUCUUUAAAAUAAUUGUGGGUGUGUAACGGUUUCUAUGUAUGUGAGUGUGUGUUUAAAUGUUUGUUUGUCUGUCUUGGACAAAGUGUCUACUGUAAUCAUGUUGUCUAAUGCAACCUCUGUGAGGAACUAACUGUGCAAUACAUUUAACUUUUUUCCAAACUUGAACUGACCAAUCACAACUACUGUCCUACUUUCAUAAUGUACACAGCUGUCUUCAUUUUCUAGUUCAUGUUGAUAGUUUGUGACAUACUGUAUAAAUAGAUAAGACACUUAAAAGGAUAGUUCAACAAAAUUAAAAUUCUGACAUGACUGAACACAAAAGGAGAUUUUGAGCAGAAUGUUUGCCUCAGUCACCAUUCACUUUCACUGCAUCAUCUUUCCAUUCAAUGAAAGUGAAUGUUGACUGUGACUAAAAUUAUACCUAACAUCUCCUUUGUGUUCCACAGAAAUAAAGUCAUACAGGUUUGGAACAACACGAUAGUUAACUGAACUAUCUCUAAGCUUUAAAAGUACAUUCAUAAAUGGAUUUAUCUGUGAGAAGAUGAGCACUAAAUUCUCUUUAUACGCUAGCACAUUCUUAAAGAGGAAGGUCAUCCAAAAAAAAAAUUUCUCUUAACUUUGACACCCUCGUGCCAUCCCAGAUUUGAAUGACAUUUUCUUCUGCAUAACACAAACAAAGAUUUUUAGAAGAAUCUCUGUAGAUCCAUACAAUGCAAGUAAAUGGUGACCAAAACUUUAAAGCUCCAAAAAACACAAAGGCAGCAUAAAAGUAAUCCAUGUCUUCUGAAGUGAUCCAGUUUGUUUUGGUCUCCUUGGUGAUCAUGAUUUCAAGCUUGAUUACAGUUUCUAGUGCUCUGGGCAUGUGUCACGCACUGGGAAGUGUAAUCAAGCUUAAAAUUCUGAUCGUGCCUAUAGACUGCAAUGGCAAACUGUAAAGUGAAAAAGGAUUCAUAUUUUGGUCAAAACUGAUUGGAUCGCUUCAGAAGACAUGGAUUAAACCACUGGAGUUUUAUGGAUUACUUAUAUGCUGCCUGUAUGUGUUUUUUGGAGCUUCAAAGUUUUAGUCACCAUUCAGCAUUGUAUGAAUUUACAAAGCUGAAAUAUUCCACUAAAAAUCUUAAUUUGUGUUCUGCAGAAGAAAUAUAGUCAUACAUAUCUGGGAUGGCAUGAGGGUGAGUAAAUGACCAGAUAAUUUUAUGGGUGAACUGUUUCUUACAUUCUUACAGACAGCAGCUGUCAAAUCUAAUGUUUUGAGAUGAGGAUUUAAAGAGCAAAGAAUUGAAAGUUUUUGUCUUUUCCUCCAUGUGAAUGAAAGAACAUAGGAAAUGUUUUAAUGAUGUACUUUUGUUUUAAUCUAAACUGUAAUCAAUUGUCAUACUAAUUGAUUGAUAUGACUAAGGGGAUAUGUUCCCUUUUCACCUGGGAUGCAUGAGGGAUCAUCUUUAAUGCAAAUC